UUACACUAUACGCGGUUCCAAUUGAAACCUUAAAAAGAGCGAGGAGUGUAUAUAUACGUACGCAGUGAGAUAGCUAUAGCCAUGUCGUCCAGGCAAGAGAGCCGCGUGGAACGCGCCGAGGCCGCAGCGGGCCGCUCAGCGGAAUCGCUCGCCGCCGCCCGCGGCGAGCGACGAGAAGAAGAAGAAGAUCGCGAGCGCCGAGAAUACGAGCGGAGAGGAGGAGGAGGAGAAGAAGAUCGUCGCAGCGGUAGCAUUUUGGAGAGCGUGCAGGAAGGCGCCAAGUCGCUCCUCGGCGCCGUGCGCGGCACCUUCGACUCCGCCGCCGAGAAGACGGCGGAGACCAAGGACGCCACGCAAGAGAAGGCAGGCCAGUACACGGACUACGCCGCGCAGAAGACGGCAGAGGCGAAGGACGCCACGCAGGGGAAGGCAGGCGAGUACACGGACUACGCCGCGCAGAAGGCCGCGGAGGCGAAGGACACUACGGUGCAGAAGUCGCAGGAGGCGAAGGAUACGGCUCUGGGGAAGGCGCAGGAGACGACGGAGACCGCCGAGGAGAAGGCGCGGGAGGCGAAGGACACUGCUGCACAGAAGACGCAGGAGCACAAAGAUAGGGCUCUGGGGAAGGCGCAGGAGACGAAGGAGACAGCAGAGGAGAAGGCGCGGGAGGUGAAGGAUCGGACGGCAGAGAAGACCGGGGAGUAUGAGGGGACGGCGGCGGAGGCCGCAAGGAAGGCGAUGGAGUACCUGACGGGGAAGAAGGAAGAGACGAGAGACCGGCUCGCAGAGACCGGACCGAAUACGAAGGCGCAGGAGACGAAGGAGACAGCAGAGGAGAAGGCGCGGGAGUAUAGGGAGAGUACGAAAGGGGGUUUAGAGGAGUACAAGGAGUCUGCGGCGGAGGCCGCAAGGAAGGCGAUGGAGUACCUGACGGGGAAGAAGGAAGAGACGAGAGACCGGCUCGCAGAGACCGGACCGAAUACGAAGGAGAAGUUCGGGGAGACGGAGGAGUCGGCGCGGCAGAAGUUCGAAGAGGCGAAGCGGAGUGCGGAGGAGGAGAGGCGGCGGACCGACGAGCCCGACGAGUCGGAGAAAGGAAGGGCUGCUUCGAAGAACAUAUUCAGCUCGAUCGGGAGCGUGACGGAGGCGAUAAAGGAGAAGCUAACAGUGCCGAAGGACGCGGCCGAGCACAAGGGAGUGGAGGCGGAGGCCGAGCGGGCGAGGAGAGGGAGGGGGGAGGCGGAGAACGAGGACGACGUGCUGCUGCGGGUGAAGGACGCCGACCAGAUGACCGGCCAGUGGUUCAACGACGUCGGCAAGAUGGGCGGUGAGGGCACCGGACCGCCGCCCACCGCCCGAAGCACAGCAGAUAAAGAGGGCAUGAUGUAAAAGCUAGCUAGCUAGCUUGUUCAAGCUAGCUAAUACAUUGUACGUGGGUGUGUACGUAGAGAGGUUCUGAGUGUUUGGUGUUUGAAUUUGUAUGUGUGGAAGAUCUUUUUCAUGUUCUGGGAGGGAGGGGUAUGGAUGUGUAGUGGUGUAAGCUUUUGUUUUGAGUGGCUUUGUUAACUUGCUCGUGUACGUAGCCUUCUUUUUAUGGCGAAAUAAGAAUGUAAUGUUUUGUGCAUGGAAGUAUAACUCGAGAUAUGCUAAGUUGUACAGAAUCAUUGGAAA